CAAAAAAAAAAAAAAAAAUGCUGCAGUUUUGUGUGGUGGAAUAGUGCAUGGGAAAAUAUUAAUUAAAUUAAUAACAAUAAUUAUUUUAAGUGUGAAAUGAAUGGAUUAUUAGAAAUGCAAAGAAGAAAAUAGUUAAAAAUGCAGGAGGACGUGUUUCCGGCAGCUGAAAAAAUUCUUUCUGAUAUCGAAAAUGUAUUGGUGAAGGAUCAUAAUCUUAUCGGUUUUGAGAUUAUUCCAGCUGAGGACAAUGAAAAUAAAUCACCGGUUUUUCAUGCUGAAAAUUAUUUAGGCCUCGCCUCAUGGAGUGUACAACCAUUAUUUUGUUAUGUUUACAAUCGUCUUUUGGAUCUUCGUCAAAAUAAAUAUAGACGUGAGGAUCCUGUAAUAAUUUCACGAUGGCUGAUUGGUGGUCUUUUAUUAAAUCCUGAUAUAUCAACAUUUUGGAAUAUGAAACGUGAAUUAGUUAAAAAUCAACGAUUAGAUCCAAUGCAAGAAUUACGUUUUUCAAGUAUUGUUCUUUAUUAUAAAUCAAAAUGUUUUGAGGCAUUUGUUUAUCGUCGUUGGCUCAUUAAAUUUAUAAUUAUGGACACAAGUCAAUCGUCAUUGUUACAAAUUGAGACACUUGUGAGAAAUGAGAUAAAAAUUGCAACAAUGACGGCAAAUAGAUAUUGUAGCAAUAAUCAUGCAUGGUGUCAUCGUCAAUAUGCAGUUGGUCUUUUUGAGACUAAGGCUAAGGAAAAUUUUUAUUCAUUCCUUCAAACAGAAUGGGAGAAUACAAAUAAUUGGUGUAGUCGUAAUGUUUCUGAUUACAGUGGUUUUGCCUAUCGACAAUAUUUAUUGAAAAAAUUACUCUUCAUUUAUCCACGAAAUAAUGAGAAUACAUAUUCGCCGGAAAAAAUUGCUAGACAUCGAACAAUUGUUUUGGAAUACGUUAAAAAUUAUGCGAAAGAAUUAUUUAUUUUUCCUGAUACAGUGAAUGAUGAAUUUCUUGAUAUUUUACAUGGUUCGAGAAAUGAUAAAAGAGACGUAGAUUAUGAUCAGACAAUGAUAAAUCUCUCAUAUUGGAUUGAGGAAUGUGUACUAAAUGAAGAAUUGAUUAAUACAUUUCCUGGACAUGAGGCUCUUUGGUGUCACAGAAGAUUUUUGGCCUGUUCGCUUUUAGCUUUAAUAGAUUCAUAUAAAAUUUAUUCACAAUAUAAAAUUGAAAUUAUCGAUAAUAAUGAAGUUCGAAAAUUGUCAAAUGUGAAUAGUGCAAAAACAACGACAUCACGUGGACUUGUUGAGAACGCUUUUUGUAAACACAAUCAAAAUCUCAUUGCACACGCCAAGAAAUCCGGUCAUCAUCAAAAUGCACUAGCUGAAAAGUUCAUUAAAUAUUUAAUCAAUAUGGAUUUGGAAUUUUGAACUUUUUGUUUUAUAAAGUCGUAUUUUGAAAAAAAAGGCAGACAAUGUGUUACACACGACUAAAAUUAUAUAUAUAUAUAUAUAUACAUACAUUAUAUUUUGUAGAUAGUCCAAAUAAUCCUCCGCCCAAUAUAAAUCGACUAGUUCGAUUUAAGCAAAUUUUUGUCAAUGAUUUUAGAUGACUAGGAAGAUAUAGUCAAUAAAGCAAUCUUUUAAAAAGGCA